CUGAGCUGAGCGGGCACACAAUGCCCGCCUCCUCUUCCUCCUCCUCCUCCUCUUCCUCCUCCACCUCCUCCUCCGCGCUCACGGAUGCUGCUGAUGCUGGUGCUGAUCCUCUCCGUUUACUCGCCAGCGGACUGCUCAUAGCAUCUCGGUAAACGAUGAUCGCAUUACGGAUCGGGCUCGAUAGUCGUGCCCUUUUUUUCUCCGAAGGUGCAGAAGAAGCAGAAUCAGAGCGGAUGCUUGGCAAGGAUAACAGUAGCAGCCUACACGCAGAAUCGGCUAGGCACACAUCUCCAUCCUCCCCCUCCUCCUCCUCCUCCUCAUCCUCAUCUUCAGUAUUACUAGAGCAAGAGAGACACGACUGAACUUCCGAUGAUGUAUUUAUCAAAAAGGUUUGGUGUGAGUUUGAUCAUCCCCAUCUGGAUCAACUAGGACCUUCAAUUAAGGAGAGGGCUUUGUUAUUAUUUAUUUAUUUUGUUUCCUUUAUUUUUAUUAGUUAUUUAUUUUUAGUUUUUUUUUUUUUUGAGGAAGUCUGGUCCUUGUCCACUGCAGCCUUCACUAUGAGCCAUCCACAGCCCUCUCAGCCGUCCGCAGCACCCGACCUGGAAGUGAUCUCCCAGCAGGUGGAGGAUGAAGGCCAGUGCAUGGCUCCAGUGCAGCUGGUCAGCUUUGCUUACCGAGAUCUCCCUCUGGCCGCACUCGACAUCUCACUGGCAGGCUCUCAGCUCAUCUCCAACCUGGAUGAAGAGGAAAAUAGAGAAGGGUCUAACUGGCUGAAGCCAUGUUGUGGGAGGAGGGCAGCUCUUUGGCAGGUGUGUUUGCUGAGUGCAGGUUUUAACUGUUUGCUGGUGGCGUGUGUUAUUCUGGUGGUGGUGCUGCUGACUCUGGAGCUGCUCAUCGACACCCGGCUGCUGCAGUUUACCAAUGCGUCCCAGUUUGCUGGCAUUAUUCACUGGAUCAGCCUGGUCAUUCUCUCCAUAUUCUUCUCUGAGACUGUCUUCAGGAUUGUGGUGCUGGGGAUAUGGGAUUACAUAGAGAACAAAGUUGAGGUGUUUGAUGGUGCUGUGAUUGUUCUCUCCUUGGCCCCAAUGGUUGCCUCCACUGUUGCUAAUGGACCCAGCAGCCCCUGGGAUGCCAUUAGCCUCAUCAUCACCCUUCGCAUAUGGAGGGUCAAGAGAAUUAUUGACGCGUACAUGCUGCAGGUGAAGGUGGAGAUGGAGAUGGAGCUUCAGCAGUAUGAGAAAGCUAAAGCUGUACGAGAGGAGCAGCUAGAGAGACUCACGCAGAUCUGUCAAGAGCAGGCGUUUGAGAUCAGGCAGUUGCGAGCUCAUCUGGCUCAGCAGGAUCUGGAUCUGGUUGCUGAACGUGAAGCUGCUAUGCAGAUCCAUCACGUAUGGGGAAAGCAGAGCAGCAGCUUCCAGGAGGUGGAUGGACUCGGACCUGCAGCCGCCGGCACUGAGGGAAGAAGCAAGAGGAGAGAGCCAGGAGCUCCUACAGAAAACAUCACUCAAGAUGACAUGAACAAUUACAUCAGCCAGUAUUACAGUGAGCCAAGUAGUGAUAUUGGCGUUCCAGAGCCAGGUGCACGCAUCAUAACUACUGCAGCCAUAGACGUGCACCUGCCCACCAAUCCAUGUCAGAUGCCUCCAUCUUUGGUGAGUGCUGAUGGACCAGGAAGCUCAGUGAGCGAGGCUCCCAGCAGCACAGUGUCACGCUCCAGCUGCAGCUUCUCGACACGUCAGCACAGCGUCAGCAGCCAUACACUGGCCUCCAGUAGCGAGUGCAGCUCCACCGUACGUGAAGCCUCCACUUCUGACUACAGUGGCCAGCAUUGUUGCCCACCGCCUUACUGCAGCCCACUGACACUGGGCACACAGGGAGGCGGGCACAACCCCAGUGCUGUGGUCCAGGAACUUCUCUCAUCUCUGUCUGAGGACUCGUGUCUGGCCCAGAAGGGCCGAGUGAACCCACUUAACCUGAAGCUCCCCAGUCCAGCCGGCUCAGCUAAGGCCAGCCCCGAGCUGGAACACAGGGUCAAUAUUUACAAUAAGAGGAACCAGGAGAGUCUGGCUGUGUUCCAGACCAAGCCGUUGAUCCACCUGCAGGGAAAUGAGCCAUUGCUGGACGAGAAGUACAGACUCAUGGAGCCUGCAGAUUCCCCAAUGACUCACAUGCCAGACACGUAGGAUAUGGAGUGCAGCAGCAUGGCCACCAUCACCAGCUGAAGCAGCUUCCUUCUCUACGUCUCUCUCUCUAUCUCCGUCUCUCUCAGCCAGCACUGUUCACUCUGACUCCCAGGCUUCUUGCUCUUUAGAAGGGCACACUGAGCAAAACACUAAGGAUUUUGCUCUCAGUUGUCUUCUCCAGAGGGGUUUCAAUACUUCAUGGUGAGGAAUUCUUGGCAUAUGUUCUCUCUCUCUCUCUCUCUCUCUCUCUCUCUCUCUCUCUCUCUCUCUCUCUCUCU